AAGCGUUCGCACCAGCGAGGCAGCGGCCGGGCGGCGGCGGCGGCCGCGGGCAGGACGGAGCGGAUAGGGCGGGCCGGGAGAGGCAGCCGUCCCUCCGCGCACUGCGAGCCAGCGGGAGAGCGCGAUCCCCCUGCGGAGCCCCGACGCUGCCCUGCCCCGGAUUUCAGUGCGCGGCGGGGGGCUCGGUGAGCGGAAUUCCGGCGGCGGCCGCGACUCCGGUGCAAGGUGAGGGAGCAUGAACAGCCUUGAAUGUGCCUCUGGGCUUAUUUAGCCAUUCGCUUUUCAUUAGGAGAAAGAAGACGGCCAUCCGCUUGAGAGGUUGGAAGGAAGAUUGAUGCAGACAAAAGCAACAUGAUUCAGGGACAUCACUGAGAUCUUUGGGGACUGCACAAAAGCGUCUGGUUGGGAACGUCAUGAAGCAAGGGACAAGACCCUGCCCGAGGAAGCGUACGCGAGAAUAACGUAGAAGGAGCCCGUUGAUAAAUGCAGUACAGCUGCUGUUGGAGGCCUGGAAACUGAGUUUUGGAAGGAUUCACUAACGGAUAAACACCACUCCGUGGGUACACAGCAGAGGUGUAGUUCAAGCCUGUCUGUCCAGCCCGAGUCAAACCUUCUCCACUGUUCAUGGUUUUUUGAAAGUCUUCCGCGUCGAAUGACCAGCCUAGAAGGCUCUUGCUAGCUGGUGAUGGAAAUGUGCUGGAGCAAUGGGAGAAGCUGGUAACUUCUAGGAAGCCAAGAUGACAAGAAUUGUUUUAAAUAAUCAAAGGAAGACGGCCGGGGCGCCAUGAGGUGAGCGCGCGCCGGUGCCCAGAGCCCCGGAGAGCGGUGUGCGGGCUGCGGGAGCGGGAGCGGCCCCGCGCAUCUGGCCACGCACGUCCCCGGCAUGAGGCCGGGCAGCAUGGGUGCGCCGCCGCGGGACCGCUGACCCCCGCCCGCCGGGACCAUGAAGGAGGUGGUGUACUGGUCCCCCAAGAAGGUGGCAGACUGGCUGCUGGAGCACGCCAUGCCCGAGUACUGUGAGCCCCUGGAGCACUUCACGGGCCGGGACCUGAUCGGCCUGACCCGGGAGGACUUCGCGCGGCCGCCCCUGUGCCGCGUGUCGGCCGACAGCGGGCAGCGGCUCCUGGACAUGAUCGAGACCCUGAAGGUGGAACAGCACAUGGAGGCGCACAAGAACGGCCACGCCAACGGGCACCUGGGCGCAGGUGCGGCCGGCCCCGGCCCCGCCUCCAGCUUUGGCCUGCAGGCCAAGCCCAACGGGGUGCCCAACGGCUACAGGAAGGAGAUGAUCAAGAUCCCCAUGCCGGAGCCUGAGCGCUCCCAGUACCCCAUGGAGUGGGGCAAGACGUGCCUGGCCUUCCUGUAUGCUCUGUCCUGCUUUGUCCUCACCACAGUGAUGAUCUCGGUCGUCCACGAGCGAGUGCCUCCCAAGGAGGUGCAGCCCCCGCUGCCGGACACGUUCUUUGACCAUUUUAACCGGGUGCAGUGGGCCUUUUCUAUCUGUGAAAUUAACGGCAUGAUCCUCGUAGGACUCUGGUUAAUUCAGUGGCUGCUCUUAAAAUACAAGUCCAUCAUCAGCAGGAGGUUCUUCUGCAUAGUUGGCACGCUCUACCUUUACCGUUGUAUCACGAUGUACGUGACCACCCUCCCGGUGCCCGGCAUGCAUUUCAACUGCUCUCCGAAGCUUUUUGGAGACUGGGAAGCCCAGCUGCGGAGAAUAAUGAAGCUCAUCGCUGGCGGCGGCCUGUCCAUCACUGGCUCUCACAACAUGUGCGGGGACUAUCUGUACAGCGGUCACACGGUCAUGCUCACACUCACCUACUUAUUUAUCAAAGAGUACUCCCCUCGACGAUUCUGGUGGUACCACUGGAUCUGCUGGCUGCUCAGCGUGGUUGGGAUCUUCUGCAUCCUCUUGGCGCACGACCACUACACUGUGGACGUGGUGGUGGCCUACUACAUCACCACGAGACUCUUCUGGUGGUACCACACGAUGGCCAACCAGCAAGUGCUAAAAGAAGCUUCCCAGAUGAACCUCCUGGCUAGGGUGUGGUGGUACAGGCCGUUUCAGUACUUCGAAAAGAACGUCCAAGGAAUCGUACCUCGCUCUUACCAUUGGCCCUUCCCCUGGCCAGUCGUCCACCUCAGCAGACAAGUGAAAUACAGCCGCCUGGUGAACGACACAUAACGGCCGCUCAAGGCCCUGGAGCGUGGAGCUGUCUGAAGUGCUAAGAACUCCGUGAGAGAAGAUGCCAUAAACAAACACCUCCCUAAUCCUGUUCUCUUUCAAAAGUUACCUUGACUUAACCUAUUGAGUUACCUGGUCAGCACUGUGAUCUUUUUUUCUCUCCAAAGGACCUGCGUUGGACAACAAUAAAGAGAAUUUAACCUAUCAUGCACUGUACACAUUUUCCUGUUCAUAAGUUUGGGAUUUCCAUAACCUGCGACCACCCUGUUCCUUUGUAUAUGAUGCAACAGCAUAAAUGUAAGCUUUUAUAUCAUCAGUUCUGGUCUUUCCAGGCACAUCUGGAAAUAAAGCGUAUUAUUUUCUUGGGAAAACAUACUUUUCAUAUCUCUUGCCCCAAAGAUUGGGCUGUAAGCCAUUUUCUAGCAAAUGUCUCUAUGAAGGUUUCUGAGUACCUGAAUGGGGUUCAAUUCUGAAAUCUUUCUACCUGUUGCACCGAUAUUCAAAUAAAAAUGACAGACACAGAAAGGUUCGGUAACUUUGGGUUUUGUAAAAAUCAGCAGAGAGAGUGUGUCAAAAAGUGCAAAAAAAAAAAAGAUUCUGUUAUAAAGUGAUUUUCUAAGUAUUUCCUAACUUUAUUUUUCAAAAUAAUGUUAUGAAAACCAAAUUUAAAGAUUUUUACAUGUCGGAGAGAAGAGAGUUAAAAUUUAAAAAUGCUUCUUGGGAGAGAAAUUUGUCUAUGUUUCUAGUGCCUUUCUUGUCUUGAUUGUAUGGUCAGUAGGCAAUCUUAAAUGUUUUUAUUUAAAAUAAAAUAUUCCAUGGAAAUAUAAAUGUAUGUAUACACUACUAAAUUUUGCAUUUAUAGCUAAAUUAAAUCAGAAGACUGCUUAUGGUUUUUAAAUCGCUAUGAAUUAAAGAAAGGGGGAGUUAAUCAGAAAGUCAGAACCUGUUCCCAUAUUGUGAGCAGGUAGCAAUGACAUGUACCACUUAAAUUAUUUUAUCACCUAUUUGGUAGUUCGAUUUUAACUAUACAGUGAAAACAGCCAUGAAUACUUUGUUUUUAAAAAGAGAGUUUUGAAAAAUGAUCACUUAACUAAAAAACGUGAAAGCUCUAAAUUAGUUAUCCAUACUCUCACGACAAUUUUGUUGGUGAACAACAAAACAGAGAUCUAUUUCUUUAAAAUAUAUUUGUGCAGAAACUGCAUGUAACUCUAAGUUUUACUCCUAACAUGAGUAUGUUUGGGGAAGUAUUCUCUUCUAUACUUGCCAAUGUGGAGAACAAAAUAGUUUUUUAAGAAUGAAGAAGUAUAUAUAUCCAUUCUGUAUUUUAUGCAGCAGAAUUAUCUUCCAUAGGGUUUUUUUGUGUAUUCACAAGGUGAUAUUUGUAUUGUAAAACAAUAAUGGUGAAGGAAAUAAAAAGGCUUUUAAAAUUUUGUUUGUUUUAAAUAUUUGUAAAGUUACUAUUCCAGAGAGUAUACUGAUAUCUUAACAGCUUACCUAGAUCAUAAAUUAAUCAAAAUGCACUUUUUAAUAAAACCUGAUA